AUGUUCACAAUCAUUCUCUCAAUUAUUCUUCUCUCUCGAUCCGAAUCUAUUCUCUACCAAGAUGGUGAUUUUGGUUGGACGCUGAAUGAUUCUGCCUUCAUUGGGUAUGGCAAACAUGAAGUUGAAGGGAAGACGUGGUUAGGUGGUAACAUGCAGAUUUCCGACAUGUUGAAGUUCAAUGGUGAAGAGCAGACAAUCAACGACAAAGGUCUUUGUUUUACAUCACAAUGGACGUCCAACGAUGAUUCUGUCAGAAUGAAAGUACGUAUUCUUCCUGAUGAGUUUCGUGGUGAUGAUGAUCCCAAGACGGGUUUAAUAGUACGAGUCUUUAAUAAGAAAGAAUAUUGUGUCAGUUUAGAAGAACCCGAGUUCGAUGUUCGAAUCGUCACUCAAGUCAAAUACGUGUCAAUUCAACUCUACCAAACUCUGGAAAACACUAAGAGCUUCGUCUACUUUAAUAACAUUAAAUUCCAAUCUAAAUAUCCUCAAAAUAAUAAUCAAGUCUCGGACCAAUCUAUUGACUGGAGCGCAAAUAAUGGAAAUGACGGAGUCUCUUCUCUUAUGAUUGCCGCUGCUCUUGUACUCAUACUCUUCUUAUUCUAA